AUGACCGUGGUGGCGAGUCUAGAGAAGGAAAUGGUAUUGCCUGAUGCCGAGGCCGCGGUGGUCGCGGUGGUAGAAGUCCUUCUCUCUGUUUCGAGAUUGAAUCAGUACAUAGAGCAUCAAGAUGAGGAUAUAAUUCACGAGGAUCAUUAUUCGUCUCCGGUUGAAGACAUAGUGGAAGAUCUUGACCAGGGAAUAUUUCUUGAAACCAUGACAGUAGUUGAGAUUCUUGUAUUCCCGGUGAUGAUUCUUGUGGCUGCUGCCGAGAGAGUUGGGAUGGUGGAGCAGCGUUUUUUGUGGUGGCCUUGGUGGACGAGAACUUCCCACUGA